UUAGGGAAAGUAGCGUCGUUUAUGCUUGUCAAUCAUCAAGGAACCGUGGGGAGUAAAACUGGAGGGAAGGUCGUCGACCGGGGAGGAUUUCCAGUUCAAAAAGCACUUCAGCGCUGAUGCGACCAUAAUGUGGUGGAAAAACAAGUACAUUUCCAAGGAAAAUGUUUUCUUUUACUUUAAAAUAAGGUAGUCGAGCAAAAAUUUCACUGCGCCGAACUUGGCGAGUGUCACUCGCUGCCUCGUUGCGUUUAGUGUGGAAAGGAAACGAAAACAGCGGAUUAUUUACAACAGCAAAGUGUGUAAACUUAAAGGGGACUAAACCAUAGACGGAUAUUGCUGUGUUUAAAAACACUGUGAUUGAUUUAUCUCGCUAGAGGAGAGGAUUUAACCCAGAAGAGUUUAUAGGAGCCGCGUCGCUGUGGGGAAGCGAUUCCCGUGUGGACGUGCUGGAAACCAGGAGUGACGGUGGAAAGUAGAAACUUAAGGCGCGUCUUUUCCCGAAAGGCGACACAAAAAUGAGCGGAGGAGAUGUGGUGUACUCGGGGUGGCUCAGAAAGUCUCCACCUGAAAAAAAGUUACGGCGUUAUGCAUGGAAGAAGCGAUGGUUUGUUCUGCGCAGUGGGAGGCUGACAGGAGAUCCAGAUGUGCUGGAGUACUACAAGAAUGACCAUGCCAAGAAACCCAUCCGUGUGAUUGAUCUGAACCUGUGCGAGCAGGUGGACGCAGGUCUCACCUUCAACAAAAAGGACCUGGAGCACAGCUUCAUCUUUGACAUAAAGACUAUCGAUCGGAUCUUUUACCUGGUGGCCGACACUGAAGAGGAGAUGAACAAGUGGGUACGCUGCAUAUGUGACAUCUGUGGCUUCAACCCCACCGAUACGGAAGACUCAGCGAAGGUCUCGCACCAAGUAAAUGUGAGAGGGGGUCUGGUGGUGGAUGUGGCCCCAAAUGCAGGGUUGGGAGCUUCUGCACUAGCCAACGUGCCUCCUCCCUACCAUCCUGUGAGCGUCAAACACUUAGACGACUCCAGUCUGGAUGAGCCACAGGACUACCUUUGGCUGGUCAACUGUGAGAGCAAGAAACCUGAGCCCAACAGGGCCCAUGGCGACUGCUCAAAGUCUACCUCCUCCGAGCCCGACUGUAAUGACAACCUCCCUUCCCACUUCACGCCUACAUCCACCUCCUCCAAACACGCCUCUGUCAAUGGCUUCUUCUCUUCCCAGCAUGCUGCUGGGCUCUACGACUCCCCUCCUUCACGUGGACAGUCUUUUUCAGCCGAUUUGCAAAGCCUGCCCCGAAGUUACUCUCAGGACACUGUACUGCUGCCCAAGUCGGCAUCCUCCCUCCCGGCGCCUGACAGUGACACCAGUGAACUCUAUGUCUUUAACACGCCUGCUCGCAAACCCUCUAUAGAAACCCAGUUUAGGAACUUGUCAGUCAGCUAUGAUAUCCCACCCACACCUGGUAGCAACUGCACCUACCAUGUUCCCCGUACAGCUGGUGUGGAACCUGUUUCUGCGGCCACAGAUGUGGUACCACCUCCCCGUCCGCCAAAGCCUUCACUGACUGCAGGAUCAGUCCCACCUGAACGGUCACCAACGGACACUUAUAUGGUACCACGGUCAGUGUCUGAGACUGAUGGAAACUACUGUGUGCCAACGAGUGCAGGUACCAAAGCACUGAGAAGCAACACAAUUGGCACAAUGGAUUCAUCACGGCUACGUAAAGAUUAUGGAUCUCAAGACUGCUAUGAUAUACCCCGGCCCUUUCCCUCAGACAAAAGUUGCACAUUUGAUUUUAAUGAAAGCUUCAACAGCUAUUUUAAAAAUAAAGGCAUGAUGCCAGUAGGAAAUGUGUCCACUGAAGAGGUGGAUGAGAAUUAUGUACCCAUGAGUGUCCAUUCUUCUUCACAUCACCGCUCUGGCAGUCUUUCUGAGCCCAUCCAAGAGCCCAACUAUGUGCCUAUGACACCAGGCACUGUGGAGUUCUCCUCUCUCGGCAAACAGGUGCCCCCUCCAGCCCACAUGGGCUUCCGCUCCAGUCCAAAGACACCGCCUCGUAGACCAAUGCACAUAACUGAAUGCCAACCGCCACCUGUUGACCGCAACCUCAAACCUGACCGUAAAGGUCAGAGCCCUAAAAUAAACAGAGCUGUCGGUCUUGAGCGAACCGACUCCCAAACCAUAGGUGAAUUCUCAAGACGACGUAAGGUAAAACCUGCCCCUUUGGAGAUCAAGCCCUUACCUGAAUUGGAUGAGUUUCAAGCACCAAUCCGUUCUCCUGUAACCAGGUCCUUCACCAGAGACCCUUCUAGGUAUGCCAUCCCUCCCAGACCGCCCUCGGUGCAUAGCACUGCCUCCAGCACCGACUCUGAGGACUGUGAUGAGCAUUACGUAGCCAUGCAACACCCUAAUAUGUCUACAGAUGAACCAAACAUGAAGCUAGGUGCACCAAUGAAUGCUGAUGGAGGUGGCAGUCCCAUGAUAAAGCCUAAGGGAGAUAAGCAGGUGGAGUAUCUGGAUCUAGACUUAGACCCUGGGAAAUCAUCAACUCCUCCUCGGAAGGUAAGGAUAAAUAAGAAGAGUAACGGGACUGGUAUUUCUGUGUCAGAUGAGCGGGUCGACUACGUGGUGGUGGAUCAGCAUCGAACGCAAGCUCUGAAGAGCACGCGCGAGGCCUGGAGUGAUGGACGGCAGUCAACGGAGACAGACACUCCGACCAAAGGGCCCAAAUGACACCCAUCUCUUAUCUCCUCUCGGCUCGAUCAGGACUCCCGGUAGGCUGAGGAAUGGAGGACACUGCACACAGUUGGAACCUCCAGCCUCCCCUUUUGCGCCUCCAGGUUUGAUUUUUAGAAACAGCUGUGUGACUGCGCCUAGGUCACAGCUCCCAGAUCAGCUAGUUUACACUGCUUCCUGCUAGACGACAGCACCCAUGCCAGGGAGAGCUGAUCUGAGGGAACCUCAUGUAUAAGAUGACAGACUCUUAAGUUGUAUGGACUGUACUCUGCACAGGGGCUCAAGGACUUGCCGAGCCUUGAAAGUGAAAAUUGUUCUAACAGAGCAGCAUUAUUCAUAAUACUGAUACCCCCCACUGCUUUUAUUUAAGAUGUUCAAAAACUGCCAUGGUGAGUUUCUUGUAAUACUUUUUAGGAGCCUUAGGGGUCGUUCACACAGAAAACAUUUUUACAUUAGUCUGCACAGUUUUUUAAUUAUUUUUCCAUGAAAACAUGCAUAGGAAUGGCAUGUUUUUAAGAUAACGUGUCAAGUUAUGAGAACUUGAAUUUCGUUGCACUGUGUCUAGCUUUUCCGAUACUCACUUUUCGAAAGCAUUCGAUGUGAAUGGCCCUUUAAAUAUUCUUUGUGUAUAAUUCCAUGAUAAUCUGAAAUUUUAAUACAUCUAGGUUUCGUUUUAUUCCAUUUUUCUUUUCAAUUUUGUGCCUCGUGUAAUUCAGAAGUACAAUCAAAAAGUUUUGAAUUGCUUGGACAGCAAAUCUACUAAGGUGAAAGAGUUUGUUUGAAAAUUUAUUUCAUUUGCGUUUCAGACAGCAGACAGACUAUAUAAAGUGUUAUGUACAUGGAAAAAUUAUUUGUAUGUAAUAUCUUGUAUGUUAAGGCUAGAGUGUGGAUUCUGCAGGAUAGAAGUCUACACGGUCUAAGAUGGUAUCAGUAACUAUGAAAUGUUAAUGGUGGAAUCAGGAACUGUGAUUGUUUUUUAACAGAUAAGUUCUCUUGUUUUUUGUUUUUUCAUAUUUUAUGUUUUUUUUUUUUCUUCAAACCAAGGUAUCAAUUUACAAAAGCGCUAAGGUCAGGUACUUACUGAAAAGUUUAACACAGAUUUCAUUUAUUUUAUUUUGCAGCUAUGGAUAGUAUCUUUAGUCUUGCAGUUCACUUGGUCUCAGAAACCUUUUGAAAUUGCUUACAAUGCAAGAUAUUAUAGGUGUUGUGCUGUAUAAGAUUCCUUCACAGAGGGGGGAAUAGUAGUUUCAGAAUGUUUUUUCUUUCUCCUUCUCUUCUACAUUCUGUAUGUGUCUGGUGGAUCAGAGCAUUUUAUUGUCACUUUCAUAAUUUAUUGCAGAUGGAGUUCCACAGCUCAUGGAGACUAAUUGCCUUACAAUUGCAACUUUUUUGAAUGUUGUAAAUAACAUCCGUUAAGUGAUUUUUGCUCAUGUCAGAAUACAUCAGAAUAGAACAUAACUGUGUGUGUGUGUAUAUAUAUAUAUAUAUAUAUAUAUAUAUAUAUAUAUAUAUAUAAAAAAAGCUCUACUUACUACCAUUCAUAAGCCAAGAAGACACAGUUCAUGUGUUGCAACACCACUGGUGGCUUUAGCUGUAUAUAUCUAUAUAGGCUUUUCAAGCAUGUCUUCUUUUGAUUCAAAGCUGUGCCUCUUUUGUUUCCCUCCUACUAAUUUUUUUUUUCUUUGCAAACCCCAGAACCUGAUGCUUUACAUCUUUUUUUAAUGAAUCCAAAAGAAAUUUGCAUUUUAAAAUAAACUCUAUAUAAUAAAAGAUACUUCAGGAA